UUCAUCGUGAACUCUCACCCGUAAACCAAAAUUAAUAACAAUUGUCAAUAUUCAGAGGGCCUGCAAAAUGGGCGGUGGUAGACAAGAAAGCUAUCUGGAGACAUUGGCAUCUCAAUUCGGAGUGCCAACCGAUAUGUUGAUAUUCUUUCUGGGGGAGGGGGUGUGCCUGCUGUGUGCAGUUCUCUACUACAACUACUGUACGGUGGAGAGGGUCGGUGCAAAUGUACGCCACCUAGUGGCCCUGUUUGUCGGCAUUGCUGUCGGAACAUUGAGCUUUGGAUGGCAGUUUUUCCACAUGUAUGCCCAGGCGUUUUCCUGUUACCUUGCCAUGAGGAUCCUACCCAGCUCAGUAAUGCACCUGGGUGUGUUUACACUAGCCAUGCUCUACCUAGUGUCUCUACACCUCUACCGGGCUUAUGUGAUACCUGAGGAUAUCCUCUACAGUAUUGACGUCUCAGGCCCACUCAUGAUCAUCACUCAGAAGAUAACCAGCCUGGCAUUCAGUGUCCAUGAUGGUCGUCAUGGCAACAAGGACAAACUGUCUGACCUCCAGAAGAGAUAUAUGAUCAGUCGACCACCAAGUCUCCUUGAGUACCUCAGCUACCUGUUCUACUUCCAAGGGGUUCUGGUCGGGCCGAUUUCCUUUUAUGCCGACUACCAGGCUUUCAUUGAGGGAACUUAUGUGUCCUCAAAACAUUUACAAAACGGAAGUGACAAUAAUAACAAAUACAGAAUGAAUGGGCGACCCUCACCAUUUGAUGUUGUCUGCUACAAACUGUGUGUAACUCUGUUUUGGAUGGGCUUCCAUUUCACUAUCAAGCCUUUGUACCCUGAAAUGAUAAAUGCAGAUCUUGCGUUCAUCAGGUCACAUGGUUUUCUCUAUCGACUCUGGUACAUGUGGAUCUCCAUGCUGUGUUGUCGGGCCAAGUACUACGUGGCCUUCUCAUUGGGCGAUGCUAUCUGCAAUGCAUCGGGCCUGGGUUUCAAUGGGUAUGACAGGGAUGGGAGACCACGAUGGGACCUUGUCAGUAACGUACACAUUCUCGGAAUCGAGGGUGCCACAAGUUUCAAGACGUACAUUGACAACUGGAACAUUCAGACGGCAGUGUGGCUCCGUGUCGUCUGCUAUGAUCGCAUUCCCGCUCAGAAGAGAUUCUUCACAUUCUUCCUCAGCGCCAUGUGGCAUGGCUGUUACCCGGGUUACUACUUCACGUUUGUGUCAGGUGUUCCCAUGUCUGAAGUGGCCAGAAAGGUUCGCCACAGGGUGAGGCCAUACUUCCUGUCCAGUCGAGUGUCCCAGAUGCUGUACAAUGUAAUUACAUGGGUCUCCACCCACAUUGCCAUGUCCUAUAUCGUGGUUCCCUUUACCAUUCUACACUGGGAACCAACCAUUGUGUUCUACACAUUCAAUACCUUCUGGUGUGUUCACCUCCUCUGUGGACUACUCUUCUUUAUUGUGCCACAGAUUCCAGCCUGCAAGAGCCAAGAAAAGGCAACCAGUCUACACCAGACACAACUAGACACCUCAAAUUCUACAAAGUCAUCAAAUAAAAAUAAAGCAGAGUGA